AUGAUAGGUGCCAGAAGUGGGGGAGUAUCCCUUUACAAUAAAAGUAACCUGGUGUGCAGUGGUAUUUGCGAACUUACUUGUGCUUGUUCGAAUGUUGAGUGUCUUCUUGUGAAGUGUCGUAAUUACAUUAUAGCUAUCGUAUACCGACUGCCCUCUGGGUCCCCUAGUGUAUUUCUUGAAUUCCUGAAAGCUAUUUUUCAGUAUUCUUCUGGUUGUAAAUUGCCUGUAAUACUUCUUGGUGAUUUUAAUAUUAAUCUGACGCUAUCUGAGUCAUGGCAGUUGGAAUUUCUAGAUGUUGUGCAAUCAUGUGGUUUUGAAUAUAUUAUAGAUCGGCCUGCUCGAGUUAUGUCUGAUACUGAGACUUUACUUGAUUUGUGUAUAACCAAUGAAAUGACUAAUGACAUAGCAUCCGGUGUAAUGACACUUGAUUUAAGUGAUCACUUAGUCUUGUUUUGUUCUGUUCCAUGCAAAAACAAAAGCUCCAAUAAAACGAAUAUCAGUAGCCCUUAUUAUCGAGAUAUAAGCGACUAUAAUAUCGAAUGCUUUGCAGCACUUGUAUGGAACAUAAACUGGAGUGAUAUAUACAAUGAGCCAAGCUCCAGUAAAUUGUAUGUUAAGUCUUCGGAGAAAACAAAAAGUGCCUAUGAAGAAUCAUUUCCGUUUAGAAAAGCCAUAAAGGCAUAA